AUGCGCCUCGAUGCGCUGGUCGCAUGGUAUCAGAAGAAGAUCGGAACAUACGACAAGCAGCAAUGGGAAAAAACGAUCGAGCAAAAGAUACUGGCCGGUAUCAACCAUCUGCCGCUGAAAAACACCAAGCUCAAAACCGAACUGAUCGAUGUCGACCUGGUCCGCGGUUCUACCUUCCCAAAGGCUAAAUCGAAGCUAUCCAUCCUUACGGUGCUGUACCUAGCGGCGGUACGCUUUCUGCUGCUGCCCGUCUAUGCUCGUUGGUGGGUGCAGCAGACGUCACCGGGCGUCUUUCUGCUGCUGCUCACGCUUUACCUGCUACAGAUGCUCAACCUCGGCAUCUAUAGCUAUCGAGUGCGGUCUGCCGUAAGCAGUCCCGAUCCAAAGCAGCCCACUGAGCCAGCAGAUCACAUCGUAACGAUGUCCGACUUUCUAAUCCCGCUCGCUCUUAGCCUGCUGCUUAGCGUAAUUCACUCGCAAAUUGUAGCCACCGCUUCGGUUAGCAACGGGUCGUCAUCAUUUUCCUGCGGAAAGCUGUCGCAAAAGUGCUUCUCACAUGGUGCCGCUGCAACGACGCUACCGGGCGAUGCCAAUGUAUCCACUUCAUCGAUGACGCUAACCACAGGUGGUGGGUCGUUGAGCAAGAAACAACGUGAGCAACGCAUCCGUCGUAAACGUCGGGUGCGCGCGCACUCGGAAACAGCGCAGCCAUCCACAGGGAGGGCACCAUCGGAAGAUCGAGAUCGCAAGAAAGCGUUCGCCAGCAUGGGAGGUUCAAAAUCUGCCACCAGCUCGCCGGCACGCAUUGUCCCGAAGAAGGGUGCAUGCAGCACGAGUAGCAGUACCAGCAGUGAUGCCGUGACCAAACAACCACUCGGGUUGAAACUAGAUCUCGCGAUAGAAUCGCACUGUGAUAAAGUCCACGACGAAACAGCGGUGGGCAUGAAUGAACGACCAACGAUUGGCAUCGUUAAGUUACCGUCGAUUGACGUCACGGUCACGGCAACGAACAGCUCGAGCGAUCAUUCGCCUCCAAACGGCCGGAUAUCCUCCGAGUGCGUUGGUUCGGAUGCGCUGCUAUUGAUUCCGUCUGGAUUGCGCCGGCGCAAUGUAAACUGGGAUCCGGCUGUGCCGGAACGUGCCCGCUCGAACGCUAGUCCUGUUAGAACGAUCGAGUCUGUCGUCGAUGACGAUGGGUUCGAGAGCUUAAACGGUAAAAGUUCAGGAGGAGAGGACAACGUAUUUCUGCAGGAAAAUCACCGCUUCCGAAGGGUUCCGAUCGCGAACGAAUGGAUCGCAAAUACGACCGAACUCGAACCGAAGGAACGCUUGGGUCAGUCGGAUUCUGACACGGAUACGUUGAAGAAUAACAAUGCAGGCUUUGGUGUUCCGAUCGGUGGAACCGAUGGAUUGCUUGAUCCGCAGAGAAAAAGGAUUCCGGGACACGGCUUCCACGAAGCGAUUGCAUCGAAUGGGCAGACUGAUGGGAAGGAAUACAUGCAGCGGCCGGUCGAGCCAGCUCCGUCUGUCGGCAACCGAGUGCGGACACGUCGCCCAAAGGAUUCAAGUAAGCAGCAGACACAGUGCGGACAGGACGUCUCGUUGGAUCAGGCUCGCUCAUCUAAGGUGGACGGUGGGAAGCUGGCCAGUCCGGAUGAUAACCUAGGGACUAGCUGCAGCGACACGGACGAGGACAACGAGUACGAUUUGAAUUCACCGUCGCCGCCACACUUACACCACCACUCAUCGCCACCGUUGCGUCAUCAACCGGUGCGCUCCGCUGGUGGUCCGUCUCAGCCACAGCACCAUUUGCUUUACCUUCAUCGUCAUUCCAUGCAGCAGUUGCAUUCGCAUCAUUCGCAUUAUCAGCAUCACUUUCACCAUCCGCCUUCAGUACUAACCGAAGGUGAAGAAUGCAGCUACAGCUCCGAGCUGGACCAUUCCGACACGCAGAACGAACACUCGGAUGAGGAGUACGAACUGGAGGAUGCACCUGCAAUCAUCCUGAAUCCAGCCUGUGGUGCGAAUGACCGUGUCAGUUGCACCAUCUGGGAGGCACGCGAGGCAAAGAAAGCCGAAAUGUCCGUACUCGACAUUUCGUCCGCCAUUAUCGAGCGCGUGGAAGCGAUGCCGGAAUCAUGUGACUACGUUUACAUCGGUGUUGUGCUAAGCGUUUUCCUGUCGCUUGUGCCAGCCUUCUGCCGGUUGUGCGAGGCGACGGUCGAUUCCACCAACUCUACCGAGGUGAACUUCUUCGAUAUGCCGGUGAUCCUGUUCGAGAAGGCUUCCUUUUCGUUGCUCGCAGUCCUGCGAUUCGCGUUCGGUGACAGCACCUGGGAGCGGUUUGUUCUUGUGCUCGGAUUCUUGCUGCGGCUCAUUCUGACCUUCUUAGUAUUCUUCCUGCUUGCCGUGGCCGAGCGCACGUUCAAGCAGCGUUUUCUGUACGCAAAGCUCUUCUCGCAUCUGACUUCGUCACGACGGGCGCAAAAGUCGGGCAUACCACACUUUCGUCUCAACAAGGUCCGGAACAUCAAGACGUGGCUGUGUGUGCGGUCGUACCUGAAGCGACGAGGUCCACAAAACUCGGUCGACGUGAUCGUGUCGGCGGCGUUUAUUAUCACGCUACUGCUGCUGGCGUUUCUGAGUGUCGAGUGGCUAAAGGAUUCGGUCCAUCUGCACUCCCAGUUCAAUCUGGAGGCACUUGCGUGGUCAUGUGCGUUCGGAACGUUUCUGUUGCGAUUCAUGACGCUCGGCACGAAGAUUAACAAGAAGUACAAAAGUGUCUCGGUUCUGAUUACGGAGCAGAUCAACCUUUAUGUUCAGAUCGAACAGAAACCUAACAAGAAAGACGAACUGAUGAUAUCUAACAACGUACUGAAACUAGCAGCCGAUCUCCUCAAGGAGCUGGAAUCUCCGUUCAAAAUCUCCGGUCUCAGUGCAAAUCCGUAUCUCUACACCACCGUGAAGGUGGUUAUUCUGUCCGCAUUGUCCGGGGUGCUGAGUGAAGUGUUAGGCUUCAAGCUGAAGCUUCACAAAAUUAAAAUUAAGUAA